ACAAUCUCACCCAUUCAAAUAAUUAAAAAAAUAAAAAAAUAGUGAAGGAGAGGAAAACAAUGAAAGUGCUUAUAUAUAUAUAUGGCAUUACAUUAGGUAGGUACUCUUGAGUACGCUUCUUAUUUGUUUCAUGCUUCUCUCCGCCUGCAGCAAGCUUGUACCGUUGCUUUUACCAGAGAGAGAGAGAUAAACACAGAAGAAAAAGUUCAAACUAAUCCAAGGGAAAACAAUUACAUUGAAACCCAUAAUUGCCUCCCACCUCUUUUAACAUUUUCAGUUUCACAGCCCAAAAGAUGGAGCUCAGUAAGCUGCAGAGAGCUUCAGCAAUGGCAGCAUUAGUGUUAUUCUUUGUUUUAGCUAUGACGGUCAAUUUCACUAGUGCAGAGAGACUGUUGAAAGAGCAAAAACAACAAGUUUUGGUUGAGAAAAAAACGAGCAAGCCUGGUUUUCUAGUGAAAAUGUCUAAUUUCCUUUGGCAGAGUGACAAGACUUCUUAUGAGCCUGUUUGGCCGGAGAUGGAGUUUGGUUGGAAAAUCGUCGUAGGAUCAAUAGUUGGAUUCUUUGGUGCAGCAUUGGGCAGCGUUGGUGGAGUUGGAGGUGGUGGAAUUUUUGUGCCAAUGCUCACUUUGAUCAUUGGUUUUGAUCCCAAAUCUUCCACUGCCAUCUCUAAGUGUAUGAUCAUGGGUGCUGCAGGAUCAACGGUGUAUUACAACCUGAGACUCAGGCACCCAACACUUGACUUGCCUCUCAUAGACUAUGAUCUGGCCUUGCUUUUUCAACCUAUGCUUAUGCUAGGAAUCAGCAUUGGAGUAGCAUUCAAUGUCAUGUUUGCUGAUUGGAUGGUCACAGUUCUGCUUAUUAUUCUCUUCAUAGGUACAUCGACUAAAGCUUUAUUCAAAGGGAUAGAUACAUGGAAGAAAGAGACAAUUAUGAAGAAGGAAGCAGCCAGGCAAUUGGAAUCAGAGUCCAAACCAAGUGAUGGUGAAGGACAAGAUUACAAGCCCCUGCCAAGCAGUCCGGCUGCAGUCCCACAUGAGGAUGAGGUCCCCCUAUUGCAAAAUAUUUGCUGGAAAGAGUUAGCACUGCUGGUUUAUGUAUGGGUGGGCUUUCUGGUUGUUCAAAUUGUUAAGUCAUACGUUAAGACCUGCUCCAUCACGUACUGGGUUCUCAACGCUCUGCAGGUACCAAUUGCUGCCUCAGUUACACUUUUUGAAGCCAUGGGCUUGCGAAAAGGGACCAGAGUGAUAGCUUCCAAAGGAAAGGAAGUAACAAACUGGAGGUUUCUUCAGAUUCUGCUCUACUGUUCAUGUGGGAUAGUGGCUGGCAUGGUGGGUGGACUCCUAGGCCUAGGAGGUGGCUUCAUCUUGGGACCUCUCUUCCUUGAAUUAGGAAUUCCUCCUCAGGUGGCAAGUGCAACAUCAACCUUUGCAAUGGUCUUCUCAUCUUCAAUGUCAGUUGUACAAUACUACUUCCUCAAUCGUUUUCCGAUCCCUUAUGCUUCUUAUUUUGUUUUGGUUGCAACAAUUGCUGCCUUGGCCGGCCAGCAUGUAGUCAGAAAGAUCGUUGCUCUUCUUGGAAGAGCAUCAAUAAUCAUCUUCAUACUGGCAUUGACAAUUUUUGUGAGCGCAAUCAGCUUAGGUGGAGUGGGAAUAGCAGACAUGGUUGAGAAGCUGGAGAAUCAAGAGUACAUGGGAUUUCAAAAUCUUUGUUAUCAGUAAGCAGGUUGAAUUGUAUGAGGAUUGCAGAGUGGGAUUUUUCUCAGCAGAUGUUUCAAAAUUAAUCCACACUGCCAUCUGCUAAUAGUCUCCAAUCUCUCCAUUUCUUAAUUUUCAAUUAAAGAUACAUACGUGUCAUUGAACUUUUCUUUAGUUAUUUGUAUAAUUAUCAGCUAAAACUUCCACAGCUGAGCUUCUUCAAGGUUUUCCUCUUGCAUCAUAUUAGAAAUGGAAUGAAUGAUUUAGCUUGCAUAAUGAUGGGAAGCAUAAGAGCGAGAGGGAGGUUCAUUAUUCUAUUUUCAAACUGGAAAUAAAGCCAAGUGCGCUGCAGUUGGGGUGUUGGGCA